AUGGAACCAGGCCAUUCUCCCCUAUUUUGGUGGGCUUUUUCUGACAUCAAUUGGGCAUGGACAUCUGCACAGAAACUCGGCUGUCCUGUCGUGCCUUCAACCGUCUCUGCCGUGCAAGAUAUAGAAGGCAGUGCCAAACCUUGUGCUCCACUUCCUCAAUUGGAAGAGCUACCAUCUAACCAAUCAUUGUUUCACGCUGGUCGCAACACGCAGCCACCUACGGGGGGCGUGUGGGUGCCCAGCGAGCCCACGCCUGGCCAGCUUCCGGCGCAUACGUUCAGGCACGACCUAUCUCAUCCGACCUGGCGGUCAGCUGCAGACUACGAUAGUAUGGUCAACUGGCGCUCAACAAGAGUUCUCUCAAAUGACAGGUUGGCAGCCUCCUUCAACGGAGUGUGUCAUGCUGCGAGGGCGUUGAAUGGAUUGGAUCAUCGAUCUGAUCCGCUUCCAUGGUUGCGAGAUGGUGUCACACCAUCUCGUGAUCUUCGAGCUUCAGCCCGAUAUGAUCUGGAUGUUGCUCGACAAGAUAGACCUCAUUCAUCUUCAGGGGAAGACGAGUGUAUGCGAGAUCUUUUGGUGGAUUCGGAGGAUGAUAAUGUUCCCCCAGGUCCUUCAGUGGGCAAAGCUGUGCGAUUGUGCUCAGCUCGCAGACAUGCCGGUCCUGCUUCUUCAUCUUCGAUUUCAACCACGACUCCUUCAUCAACCCCAGCAAAUAGUGUUGGUAGCAAAAAUCACCUGAUCCGGAAGAUCUCUCCAGUAACCGCUCGAGGUGAUCUUGUGGAUGUACCACUCACUCGAAGACGAUGUGAUGGAUCCCAGAAAGUCAAUCUGGACCAAUCUGGCCGGUCUAAACAUGGUCAAUCAAAAGGUUUGCUUACAAUGCAAACUCCAGUUUCUACAGCACAUCCUCUUACUGAUCAAGUGGCUUUGAUAGUCCCGAAUGUCAUACCUACUAUCCAACAUCGGCCAUUUGGACGACUUUCACCAUCUUCUGACCCAUCUGGGCAAGGUUUCUCACACUUACCUCACGAGCAGCUGGUGGGCCCACGAGGCACAAACCGUAUGGAUCUUGACCCACCUAAUAUCAAUCAGGUGGGUCAAACUCACGACCUUCAACGUCCUACUGCUCCAGUGAUUCCAAAUCAACCCAAUCAACAUCAAGGUGCCACUUCUACUGGGCUAUCGAACAAUCCAACGGACUCAGGCCCUGCCUCCAGACCGGGGUUCUCGGUGCUGCCGGGUAUAAUUACACCUGAUCAUCCAUCAACCAUGUCUUCAAAUCUCACUCCACCUCAACCACCAAACACCUCGACUUCAACCACUCCUUCAGACAAUAAAACAGCAACUCCUAGCCGCAUGCGUUGGCCAUCUCCGGGGAAAAUCGACGUAAUCUGGCUCACCCAAUUGAUUAAAUUCCGGCCUUUUGCGGUUCAAAAAGAGCAGAACGACCGAUUUCAUAAAUGUACAGUUUAUAUCAAGGCAAGUUAUAUCAUGUGA